AUGUUGAAUUGGUCAAAUGAUACGUUCCUUGAGUGUUAUAACUCAAUUAAGUAUCAGGAUCAUUCCAGAAUUGACGAGCAGCUUGUGAAAGCCAUUCAGAAUGACUUGAAUCUGGUGUUAGUCACGCCGCCCAAUGAUGAAUCCUCCAAGCUGAAGUUGAUCGAUAAUAAGUCUCCCACACAGUUCACAAAUGGAGACAAGCUCAAACUCAACGAUAUGUUUGUGGAGAAUGCCAUAUUCUUGUCAAAAGAGUUGGGCCUUAACGAGUUGGCCACCGCCGAGGUCUUAUUUUACUCGUCCAGAGAUGGUAUUGACAAUGGUGCCAGUUUCAUUGAUCAGGGAAGACUGGCCUUCUUCAAGAGAUACCAGUAUAUUUUGAACAUCUUGGGGUACUUGAUCACAUCUAGGCAAUUACAUCUCCUAACAAGCGACUUCAACAAUUUCGGUUCCAAUGUACUUGAUUCGUUUUCGAAGAUAUACUCAAUCAUAAAUAACUUGAACGACCUAAUCAAUAAAAACACCGUUACAAACUCCUUGAAUGACGUGUUCAUCCAAACCAUCGAAUAUACCAAAACUGAGUUGUUCAAUUGUCACGAAUUGUUGGGUCAAAUAUUAUACAACAUGAUUCAGUAUUACUUUGAAGAGUACGGUACUGUAAAAUUCUACAAGCAAAUAAUGACCCACUUGAACUCCAACGUUGAUGAUAAUGACCUGAUAAUAUUACACUAUCUUCCUGGAGUAUUUGCCAUUUUUGACUCUUUGGACAAGUUCAAUGAUCAAGCAGUUAAUGAAUUGCACAAAACUGUUACCAAUACAUUGACAGACGAUUUCAAGUUGAUUUCUUUGUCUCCCGAUCUCAUUGAUUUGUCGAAUUCCAAGUUGAAGUCUUACGAAAUAUUGAUGGAUUUUGUCUUCUUAACCAACCUCAUUCCUUGGUGCAAAGAAACAGGGAAUCUAGAGAUGUUCCAUUUCAACGAAGAUAUCUUGAACUACAUCCAAAUAUGUUUGAAUUAUGGUGUGUUGGAGAACUUAUUGAGAUUCACAAGCGCCACCUCCAAUCUUGAAACUGUCAAGUUGUUUGAAGUCAACAAUUUGUGUGAGUUCAGAAGCUUAUUGCAGACCAAUUUCCCUGAAUUAUCGGUUCUUAAAUUCUCAAAAUUGAAUGACAAUAAUGCCCAAUCCAGAUUCAACUUAAAACUCGAGGUAUCGUCCACAUUCAAAGAAGACUUACUACCAUUCUACUGGCAUAAGUUUUUCUCCAACUUCAUCAAGAAUGUAGCCAUAGUAUUGACUCAAUUGAGGGAUAGCGAAGAGGAUUAUUUAUUGUCUUCCAUUAAUAGAAGACAACGAGUGAGAGAUAAGGGAGAGAAGGACUCCAAUAAUGAAUUGGUGGAUGGGAGCUCCAAAGACUCAUCCCAGGCAUUAGAAAAGAACAUUGAGCUAGACAUGGAAGAUAUGUAUACAAGGGCAGAUCUUGAGAGGUUCUACCUUUCUUUCGUGUACACUUAUAAAAAUAGACCAAAUCUUUGUGCGUUGAUCUGGGAAGAUGGAGACACCAACAAUGAAUUAGUUGGUUUUAUAAACUGGGGUGUCAACAACAACUCAUCUCCUUUCAUUACUGCAACAUUCUGUUUAUUAUUGAGCUCUUUGACAUGCAAAGAGGAUGCCUUACUGACAAUCAAGAUUUGGGAGAACUUGAUUAACAACAACUCCAAUCUAAAGAAAAGCGAUUACUCCAAGAUAAGCAUGGACUCAAUUGUUGAUUCUUUGGAGUAUUAUUUGAAUUCAUUGAACGAAAACUUUGAAAACGACUUGAAUGAUCAAAUCAGGAAAAAGCAAAAAGGUCAAGAGUUCCUUCUUUCUAAUGCUUUGAACAAUAAUCACAAUUCAAAUAAAAUCUUGAUAGAGUUGUCAGAAGACUCAAUGAUUUUCAUUUCUGGAUUUGUGCUCUUGAUCUCGUCUUUGGUGGACAAUUUAUCUGACGAUUCAGAAAGAUCAAAGGAGAUUCGCCAAAGUAUGUUCAACAGAUUCAAACCUAUAAUAUUGGGGUUUUUGAAGUUUGAUAACUUGAUUAUGAAUUCAAGAAUCUUGAUCGGAUCCAAUGACUUCCCAUUGAUUUUGGUGAAUGAGAAUAACAGAAGUACCUUAAUAAACUUGAUGCUCAAUUUAUUGAGCAGUUUUAAUGACCCCCAUGCUGAAGAUCUUGAAUUGCGUUACGAAAUCUGGGAUAUUGUGGACAAGUGGAUGUUCCAUCAGUUGAUCGAUAACAACUCUUCUUCUCGAAGCCCUGGUGUUAUUGAUCACCAUAACCCAAGCCCAUCGGAAAAGAUCAGACUCCAAAAAAACACAAUCAGUAUCAAGAAUGCUUUCAAAACUAAUUUGGUGGAUUUACCGAAUAUCUUGAACUUCAUCGAGUUAAUCACUAACUUGUUAAACUCUCCUGAAAAUCCCUCCAGGAUUAACCUGAAACUUUUAUACCCUGCAAACUUAGGAAAUGGUUAUAGGUUCAACAACCAAACUGGUAUUUGGCCAUAUAUUGAAUUCAUCACAUUAGAAGUUUUGGGACUGUCAACUAAAAUCAAACACAGCUUGACAAGGGUGAACUUACAGAACAACUUGAUCUCUCUUGUGCUUGGUUCUUUGAAUAGUGUCGAUUGGGAAUUCUUGGAUGACAUCCUUCCUAAUGUAUCGCAAGAUUUCAAAGUUGAAUCUCUAUUUGAUGCCCUGCUCACUUAUGAUCAGUUCAUUAAGUUGCAUCAUUCAAUAGGUGUAAUGAACUACGUGUUUGACGAGAAAGUCUAUAAGUCCAUUAUAGAAAUAAUCUUGAAGGAGGAGGAUGAUACCUUGGUUUUAAGUUCUUUGAAAAUUGUACACAAAUUGAUUAAAUUACAGGAUAUUUUUGCAAUCAUGGUCUCCAGAUUAAAGGCAAACGAACAACCCAAGCCAACAUUGCCAAGUACUAGCUUGUUACUGGUGAUUCCUGCUCUCAACACGUACUAUCCUUCCAAUUUCAAUGUUAUCGACUUCCUCAAGGUAUUGAGCUCUAACGUGGCAUUGGUUACCAAAUUUGGUUUAUUAAUCGGCACAGACAACAAUAAGAUUGUUAGCUUAUGCAUAGAUCUAUUGACCAAAGUCAACCGAAGAUUUCUUGAUUUGAAUAAAGACGAAACUUUGUUGAUAAAGAAUAAACUUUUAACUGUUUUUGCAAGCGGUCCAGAGUCCAAUCAGUUGAGAUAUUCUAUAAUCAAUCAGUUCACCGAUGGUGAUGAAGACAUUAAGUUCAAGAUCUUGAAUUUUUUGGUUGAAGAUCUAGCCAUAUCAAAAGGAUCGCCUUGUUUUGCUCACCAUCUACUUGGGUACACUGUCAAAGGUAACUAUUUGGUUAUAAACGAAGAUGAUUCCAAAUUAUUUAUCAGAAACUUGACGGAGCACUUAGUAUUAAGCUUGAGUAUGGUUUCCAGUGUCGAUUUCAACAACGGAAUCAACAUUAUUGAGUACAACUAUACAAGAAUGUCUUCAUUAGUGUUACAAAUUCUUAACAGAUUGUGCCACUUCCCUGUAUCUUCGUUGGUUACCUUACAGCUAUUGAGAGACUUUGAAAGUGACGAAGAAGUAAGCUUCUUUGAGACCUUGCUCAGCUACCAAACAAAGAUUGAUCACACAACUGUAUGGUAUAACGUCAGAUUUAACGACGACCUACUCAAGGAGAAUGAUUUCAUCUUGGACAAGGAAUCACUUUUGACCUUCUUUGAAUUCUUCAAAAUGAGAAACCUCAUGAUUCAAUAUUUGACUGUCGAAUUUCAUCACUUGUCUCAACAGGGAUCCAUCUAUAAGAAGAACCAAUAUUUGGAUAAGUUGAUAAAUGGUGACAAAUUCUUGAACGAAUCACACCAAGUAUUGAAAUUUCUCGAUGUGUUGAACUUUAAAUUCAGUAACUUUGAACAGUUUAAUUAUCAGAAGUUCUCCAAGUGGAAUUUGAGCUUAUUGUUCAAAGAAGUCAAGAGCGAGGAUAAUAUAUUCAAUACUGAUAUUCUUGAUAAGCUUGAAACAAUUACUAAUAACGUUGAAAUCUUGGACAUGAAAGACUUUUUAGUGAAGUUCAUCGUUAAUGAUGAUUUGAAGGCCCUCCAAUUGAAUUACUUACAUUCUUGGGUUCAGUUGAUUGAGGUCAUUAUCAAUGAUGGUAAACUUUCAAAAGAACAAAACCAGAAUUUCAUCUUGGAAAUCUUGUCGAGCAUUUUACCCAAGAUCAAUGAGUUUUUUGAAAAAGACAUCAAGUUUAGUGAGGAGUUGAUAUCCUUAUGUGUGAUUUUGUUCGAUUACUAUGAAGAAGACAAUCUUUUUAUUGAGAGGUUGUUAUUGUUGUUUUCGACAUGUAUCAAGGGUAUUGCCAGCUCUAAUUCAACCAUUGAGUUGAGAAAUGAUUUGUACAUCAUCAUGAAUAACUUUUUACAAAAGAGCUUCAAGAACAACAGCGAGACAAUUCUCAGAAAGUUGACAGAUAUUUUGGAGAAGACAGACGUGAAGUUUUUCGAAAUCAUCUGCAACGAUUCCAUUGUCAGCGAAGGAUCCAUUCGGAUCACAUCGAUGAUCUUCCUCGAGUCUACCAUCCAUUUAUUCAACCACUUCAACAACAGUUUUAUCACCGACCAAUUGACUAAGAAUAACUCGUUGUUGCUCAUCAUCAGGUCCAUCAAGCGUAUUGAUGAAAUCCUAGACAACGAGCUCAAAGAGGUGUCUACAAUUUUAUACGAGUUGAUCAACUUCAACUCGAUCAUCAACUUGUUGAUCAGAAUCGGUCAAAGCAGACUUGGCUCGUCGUACUUGAUCCAAAGUGAGUUGUUCCUGAUCAUCAAGAACCUCAACAUCCUCAAAGUUGAUCCCGACUUAGGCAUGAAUCUCCGUAUCAACGAAAUCAACCUGGUCAACUUAUCGUUGGACUCCAACUACUCGUUCAUAAACUACUUUCAGUUUCUCCUCCCGGUGUUUAAAUUGAUUUCGGUGUUAUUGAUAUCUAUGGGUCCUAGCUACAAACCCAGUAAAAUCCAAGGAAAGGAACUUCUUGCACACUUUGGCAAGUUGAGAAACAGUAUCAUCAAAAAGGACAUCUUGAUCAAUGAAAACAAGAUCAAGUAUCAGUAUGAGGGCGAGUUGGAUGAGCUCAUGAACCAGUUUGUGUUGAUUGAUACGUUGGUCGAUAGCUGA